GGACUCCCUUUAAACGUCACGUGAAAACGAAGCGGGCCGUCUGAGAUAAAAACAUUGCAAACAGGUAGUCAACUUGAGUUACGGGGUAGGAAAGUCUCUUGUAGGUAAUCGUUCUUUCAGAGUAACAAUGGCUGUGCUUUGUGGUGGUGCUACACCGAUGAAGGAGGCAACAGAAGAGGUUCAAGAGAUAUGUAACAAGAUCCGUGCAGAACUUGAAGAAAAGGUUGGAAAGACAUUUUCGGAUUUCAAGGCCACUCAUUUCUCAUCCCAGGUGGUUGCUGGUAUAAAUUAUUUUGUGAAGGUUUCCAUAGGCGAUGCAAAGUACUUGCAUGUGAAGAUCUACAAACCACUUCCUCGUCAAGGGGAGGCAUCUGUCACAGAUUAUCAACUUGACAAAACUGCAGACGAGCCAAUCGGUUAUUUCUGAUCAGCUGACACUGUCAAACUUCCAACACUGAGAUUCCAGAACAUCAUAUAGUUAUUAUCAUGCUAAUUUAACUAGUCAUUGAUGACUGGGCUCAGAAAUCAAAUAUCUGACUAUUUCAAUCACAUAAAAAUAUUUUGUUCCAUUUGUAGAUUGUUAAAUUUAUACAUGUUUAAAAAUAUUACUUUGUUUAAAGUACCUUAAAAAAUCCACCAACUCUGUGAAGAAUAUUGUUAUUAAUAUUAAGGUGUAUUUUUAACUGCUAAUGAGUUGGGGUUUUCUUUUUUCUAGGAUUAUUUUCUUAGUCACAUAAAUUCAGGCUGUCCAGCACCCUCUUAUGAAAAAGUAGGAAUAAAAAAUAUAGAAAAAGUAGGAAAGAAAAAGUAGGACAAAAGUAUAGGUCUGAAAAAGUACGUAGCAACAUUAUUCAUGCUUAUACUGGGUAAACAUAUGUGUUAAAUAAAAAAGUGGUAUUAUUGAGAACAUACUUAAACAUUUUGUACGUGGUGCUCAGUUCGUACCUGUAUUUUUCUUCCACCAAAAUGACAUGAAUCUUAUGUAACGGUCAAGUUAUGCAGUUGUCAAGAAACAUUUUGUUUUAAAUAUUUUCAUCAGCGACAUUUCUAGUCAGCUGAAAUUGUUUAAUGUUUUAAAAUUGUGUAGCAAUAUCUGAAACUUGCGCAGUGAACGGUGACAGGAUACUAAACAAAAUGUUCUCCGAUUAUUUGAAAUUGUUAAUACACUGUAUUAAUCAGUAUAUGUACAUGUAUUUAUAUGUGCAGUACACUAAAUCAAAUUAAUUUGUUUAACGUAAUGUAUUAUAGAAGUAAUACAUAAACAUUGUACAUUUAUUUAAUGUUAAUCAUUGGGAAAAUUCUUAGCUACUAAGUAUUUGAAGUAGUCAUUAACAGCUAACAUAGAACGAUUUAUAAAUUAUACUGAAUUUGAAAAUUGGUACUACUACUAGCCCUUAUUUUUCAGACACCAAGUAUUACAGUUUACACAAACUUAAUAUAAAAAUAUUGUUUGUUAACAUAAAACUAAACAUGUUAGAAUGGCUUAACUAUUUGUCAAAUUUGGCUAAACCAAAGUAUUGCAGGAGCACAAUACAACAAAUUGGCAAAAAGUAACAUUUGAGUGCCAGAAAUUAAAGUUCCAUCUCAUAUUAACAUCUCACAUGGUGUCACAAAUUGGGAGAUCUUGCUGCCAAAAACAAAAUGAUCCAUACAUUUUUAUUGACAGUUAUAAUAACACAGCAAUAUGCAGACAUUAACAGCAGUUUGCAGCAUUUUGAAACUACGUAUGGCAAAGUAUUUUUUUAAAGUAGGAAAAACUGGGUAUUUUGAAGAAAAAGUAGAAAAAAUUGGAUAGAGACCAAAAAGUAGGAAAAAUAGAAUCGCUGGACAACCUCUAAAACUUGAAUGAUAACUGGUAACUUGUUUAUUAUGCACUAUUAGUCAUGUCAUCUUUUGUUUCAAUGCAAUUAAAUACUUAAUGUAACCCAACUAAAUAAAUUUUUAUAUAUUA